AUGGUGAGAAAAUCAGAUAGAGCGCAAGCAGAAUAUAAAGAAGUGGGAGAUUCCAUCCAGGAAGUCAAUUCCAGUGCGGACGAGAAAGAGGAGUUGAGCGCUUUCUUUGGAACCAAUGAUGCUACGGAUGAAAAACACAGUAGAAGUCCAAUACAUGCAGAAAAUGGACGCUCUCCUGAGUUAGGCCAGAAGCGUUCUCGCAAGAUAGUACAGCGUCUGUCGGAAACGUGGAACAAGGCUCAUGUCGCACAAGUGGAGCAGCGCGCUGAAGCUGUGAAGCAAAUAAACGCAAGUUUAGAGGCUGGCAGGGGCGUUGAGCUGGGGUCAAUUCCCCUUAUUGAGGCUUCAUUGCGAAAAACAAAACCUUUUAACCUUAAGCCUCUACAUUUUAUGAUCUACGGCAGAUAUGGGGCGGCUUCAGAAGUGCGCUCGAAUAUUCGGAAAUUUCGCGGAUUUGCUUUCCGAUCUGGAUCUUCUGAAUAUACCAAGAAGUUGUCAUCCAUCCAGCAGUGCGUGAUAGUAGAAAUAGUUUGUCCACUAACGUUUCUGAUGUAGCCAUUCCGUUCCACAAGCUCAUGACUCCACAUUUGUAUUUACUUACGCUCUCAUCUGUGAAGGCAAGCGCAAUUCACUAUUCACUAUAUGGUCUGUUUAUCGCCAUAUGCAACGCUUCUGCUUCAGUCGUCUCCAAUAUCUAGCUACCGGUUGUUUCGUUCGGCUACCGUCACUCUUUGCUAACUUAGCAGCAUCCUAGUCUGCAUCAAUGAAACAGUCGCAUUGCAAAGAUUGCCUUUUCCUUACCCUAGAUUUCUAAUUAUCUUUCGUUGUUAUUGUUCCGAAUUAUGCACCCGCAGGAUAUCAGUUUGUGGCACGUGUUAUUACCAGCACAAUCCGAACUACUUACAUAGAUACAUCAGCUACAAUCUUCAUACUUGUGUUACUCUUUCAUUUGCUUCUCGAUAUCUUCUACCCUUGUUUUCCCGCCAUUAUAUUUGUCAUGAGUGUUGACUCCUUUGCCAUCUCUGCUUAUUGGUCUAGAACCCUGCCAUUUUUCCCUCCAGUAGGGUUGAACCUUUACAUAUCCUUUGCUAUUUCUUCAUAAAACACUAACGUUACGUUGCUCUCCUUUUGGUUAGGCGCCAUUCUAACGAAAUUCGCGAAGUCCUUCGUUUGCUGCAUUUGGAAGUGAGCGGAACCAGGCAGGCAAUGAGCGAGCGUCUACUGGAAUUCCUGAUUGAACCAAAAACAACCAAAGUGAAGUAUAAGGGUCAAGUCGUCAGGAAAUCACGUAAAUCCCACAGGAGCUCUGUUGAUCACACUGGUGGCAAGAAACGUAUAUCGUCCAAAUCUCCCUCUAGCAAAACUGGCUCAAGCGAAAUCAGCGCUGGACACGGAAAUCGGGAGGAUGAAAAUGAG